AUGUCAAAGGAGAAGAAAAAGACCAUGAUCAAUAAGAAUAUUUGGAUUAACAUUCAGUGGUUUAAUUCCAUCUACUUGAUACUACUACUAAUACUUUCAUUACUUCCAUAUAACUCUGCCCAAAGCGACAAAGGUAAUUCAUGGAUUCCAGAACUCCACAUUGAUAAUCAAACAGAAUUGGUCGCAUUCGUUUGUGGGAUAAUCUUAAUGGUUGUUUACUGUAUUCUUUUUAUUUGGAGAACUAAUUUUCUUAAUGAGCAAAGACGUAUUAGAGGUCACCUAAAUGAUAAUGUUACUACUCUAACAUCAACAAGCAAAGGAGGACUUGAUUUAAAAGUGAUCGAAACGAUUCCGGUGUUUGUCUAUUCUGAUAUUAAGAAUAAGAAGAAGAUUCAUUCUAAUGAAAGAGUAGUAGAGUGUGCUGUCUGCUUAGGUGAAUACGAAGAUGAAGAUAUGUUGAGACUAUUACCUACAUGUCGUCAUAUUUUUCAUUGUCAUUGUAUUGAUGCUUGGUUUAUCUCUCAUUCUACUUGUCCGGUUUGUCGAUCUAAAAUUGAAGUUAUGGCUCCCGAUGCUGCAGUUAAUUCAGGUGGUACUGUAAUUGAUGUAUUUGAAGACGAUGGGAACCAUUCUGAGUCGACAAUGACUGUGAUUAAUGUAUCAGCAGAGCAAACCCAUGUUUCAGUUUCGGUGGCAGAGACUUCGGAACAAGCAACUGAUAAUUUAAACCUUAAGAAGAAGAUGAACCCGAAUCAGACUACAGGAAGAUCAGUAAACCCUUUUGAAGGACUUUCAAAAUCGCAUUCAACUGGACAUUCUUUGGUACCAGAAAAUAGUGAGAGGUAUACAUUGGGAUCACUAGAUGAUGUGAGAAAGGCUAGUGUUAAUGGAAAAUUGAAUCGGUAUAAGAGAUGCGUAACUUUUACGAUAUGA